AUGUCGCAACUGGACACAGAGAAGCUGGGACUCGUUUUCCAGUCUCGCCCAGACAUUCUCAAUGGGAUAAAGGAAGCGGCCGACAGUCCCGCGCGCGUCGAUCUCUUCAACAAGAUUGCCGCUUUCGUCUUGGAGCAGCUCACCACCGACGCUGCAGACCAACCAGUCUCGAAACGCCGCCGCGUCGAUGUAGACCAGACCAACGGGACACCAAACGGCCACGUCAAGACUGAGGGAGCAUCAUCAACAGACGUUGUCGCAGAGGCUGCUGCAGAGGAGUUACAGCUCGAGAUCAAGGACGUCUCGGUGUCGAUUCCCCAGCGCAAAAAGUACAACCUCUGCCUGACGAAGCACUUUAUAUUUGCGCGGAACAAUGCGGACCCAAAACCAGUUGCAGGCAUGGUAUGGCGGUGGGAAGAUAUAGAGCACGUCUUCUACCUCCCGGUACCAGAAAAGACGCAGCAGCAGUUCAACUACGUCUUCCUCCCACGCGGAACCUACCUGCCAACAUCCAACAACCAGAGCGCCACUGGCGCAAAACCACAACAGCCCUCCCCGUCUGCGGCCGCAGCAGAACCGCUCCUUUUCACAAUCCCGCUGGCGGCCCCGAAACCAGGCAGCCUCGCCGGCAAGGUCGCCGCCCAGGCCCAGGUUGCCGCCGACAGCUACAGCAGCCUGGUGAAUUGGGCCGUGCCUCAGUUCCUGCGCGCUGCCGCCACGCGGCUGGGACUCUCGUCGCCCGUAGAGAUCGUCGCGUCAGACCCGAAGCAGUUCGCCAGCGCAGUGCGGCAGUCGCACCGGCCCAGCGAGAAGGCGGUGCACGUCAAGGCGUUCCGGGGCAGCAAGGACGGGUACCUGUUUUUCCUGCGCACGGGGAUUCUUUGGGGCUUCAAGAAGCCGCUCGUGUUUUUGCCGCUCGACCGCAUCGUCUCGGUGAGCUACACGAGCGUUCUCCAGCGGACGUUCAACAUGGUGGUCGAGGUGGACGUCGGGGACGGCGUCACGGAGGAGCUGGAGUUUAGCAUGCUGGACCAGGAGGAUUAUGGCGGUAUCAACCAGGACUACGUGCACAAGUACAACCUGCAGGACCGGAGCAUGGCGGAGCAGAGAAAGGCCAAGAGGGAGCUGGCAGAGAACGCCAAGAAGGGAGGUGCCGGGGCGACGGCGGGCGAAGAUGGAGAGAAGGCGGCAGCUGAUGGCGAUGCGAACAUGAGCGAGCUGCAGAGGGCGGAGAUGGAGGAGGAGCAGCGUCUGCAGGACGAAGAGGACGAGGAAGAAGAGGACUACGAUCCCGGUAGCGAUGGAGACAGCGAGGGAGAGGGGACGAGCAGCGAAGAGGAAGAUGGCGAUGGCGGUGGUGACGAUGACGAUGACAAUGGCGAUGACGAUGACGAUGAGGGAGAGGAUGAAUUAUGA